CGUCAGCUGACGUUUUGCCAUGAAGAUGGCGGAAGUUCAUUCCUGAUCUGAACCGAGUCGCUCCGUGAUCCUCUAAUAACUACUUCAGGACUGUUCGGUUUCACGUUUCACAUCGGACCCGCCGACAGAUUCGGGUCUCAGAUCCGCUCAUGUCAUGGCCAGCAGUGUAGUUAAAGCGGGCCCUGCUGAUGGCAUCUCAAUGAAAGCACAGCUACAGAUCAUGGUGAUCUCCGCCAAACUGAAGGACAGCAGGAAGAACUGGUUUGGACCAAAUCCGUAUGUGGAAGUGUGUGUGGAUGGCCAGUCCAAAAAAACAGAGAAAUGUAACAACACACACUCACCCAAAUGGAAGCAGUUGUUCACUGUGAUUGUGACUCCGUUCAGUAAGCUAAUUUUCCGUGUUUGGAGUCAUCAGACGCUGAAGUCUGAUGUUCUGAUGGGCGUGGCCACUCUUGACGUCAACGAGAUUCUCAAAUCUAACGACAUGAAAAUCUGUGAGGUGGUGCAGACGCUGCAGUUGUGCGCAGACAGAGAUCAGUCUGAUAUUGUUGGUGAUCUGUCCGUGUGUUUGGACGGUCUGCAGGUUGAUCAAGAGACGUUCCUUACUGCAGAGGCCAACAACCAAAGUACUUUAAAUGGGGAGUCUGAGCUUUAUGAAAUUUUGAGCAGGAGCAGAGAUCCAUCGCCUGCAGUGUCAGACAGUCAGGAGCGAGCAUCAACCCCUAAUGGCCGUGUAAAUGGAUUGGACUCCCCUUCAGGGGCAACCAGAGGGUCACGACCCCCGAGACCCGCACGACCCUCUCGACCUCCUCCGCCAACCCCACACAGACCCACCUCUUCACCAGCUCCCUCUACUGGCUCGUUUCUUGAUGGCAGCGAUUCGUCACGUUCUGACACUCCAAUUCGUAACCAUUCUGGGGGUGCAGCCUCUGACUGUGGUCCCGCCCCUACACAGGAGCAGCCCGGUAGGAUGGCUCUCAGCGUAGUCCCCGCCCCCAACAGGAUUCCCAGUAUGGUGAACACUGGGCCACUGCCGCCAGGUUGGGAGCAACGUGUGGAUCAGAACGGUCGUUUGUAUUUUGUUGAUCAUGUGGAGAAGAGAACGACAUGGGAGAGACCGGAGCUGUUACCAGCAGGCUGGGAGCGGCGUGUGGACCCGUUGGGUCGGGUGUAUUUUGUGGACCACAUCACCAGAACGACCACGUGGCAGCGCCCCACGAUGGAGACGGUGCGGAACUUCGAGCAGUGGCAACACCAGCGCAGUCAACUGCAGGGAGCCAUGCAGCAGUUCAACCAAAGAUUCAUUUUUGGGUUGCAGGAUCAGGCUGCAGCCCCUCAGAAUAAGGAGUUUGACCCAUUGGGACCUCUGCCACAUGGAUGGGAGAAACGAACUGACUCUAAUGGCAGAGUUUACUUUGUUCAUCACCUGACCAGAACAACACAGUGGGAGGAUCCACGUACUCAAGGUUUGCUGAAUGAGAAGCCGCUUCCUGAGGGAUGGGAGAUGAGGUUUACAGUCGAUGGCAUUCCUUACUUCGUAGAUCACAACUGCAGAACCACCACUUACAUCGACCCACGGACCGGAAAAUCCUCACUUGAGAACGGCCCUCAGAUCACAUAUGUACGAGACUUCAAAGCCAAAGUUCAGUACUUCAGAUUCUGGUGUCAGCAAUUAGCGAUGCCACAGCACAUAAAGAUCACAGUCAGUCGCAAAACGCUGUUUGAAGAUUCAUUCCAGCAGAUCAUGAGUUUCAGCGCACAAGAUCUUCGGAGGAGACUCUGGAUCAUCUUCCCUGGGGAGGAGGGGCUUGAUUAUGGAGGCGUGGCCAGGCAGUGGUUCUUUCUGUUGUCUCAUGAGGUGUUGAACCCCAUGUACUGCCUGUUUGAGUACGCGGGAAAAGACAACUACUGCCUCCAGAUAAACCCCGCCUCCUCCAUCAACCCUGACCACCUCAAAUACUUCAAGUUCAUUGGACGCUUCAUCGCUAUGGCUUUGUUUCACGGGAAGUUCAUCGAUACGGGCUUCUCAUUGCCAUUCUACAAGCGCAUCUUGAACAAGCCUUUGGCUCUGAAAGACCUGGAAUCCAUUGACCCGGAGUUCUACAACUCCCUCAUCUGGAUCAAGGAUAAUAACAUUGAGGAGUGUGGUCUGGAGAUGUUCUUCUCCGUGGAUAAGGAGAUUUUGGGUGAGGUGUCGACUCACGAGCUGAAGCCGGACGGCGGGAACAUCCAGGUUACGGAGGAGAACAAGGAAGAGUACAUCAGGCUGGUAGCAGAGUGGCGUUUGUCUCGUGGUGUUGAGGAACAAACUCAAGCGUUCUUCGAGGGAUUUAAUGAAGUUCUUUCGCAGCAGUACCUGCAGUAUUUCGAUGCCAAAGAGCUUGAGGUGAUGCUGUGUGGCAUGCAGGAAAUCGAUUUGAAUGACUGGCAGAGACACACAAUAUACAGACAUUACACAUGCACCAGCAAACAGAUCGUCUGGUUCUGGCAGUUCAUUAAAGAGAUGGACAAUGAAAAGCGCAUGAGACUGUUGCAGUUUGUCACUGGUACUUGCCGUCUGCCUGUCGGAGGAUUUGCAGACCUGAUGGGGAGUAACGGGCCGCAGAAGUUCUGCAUUGAGAAAGUUGGGAAAGAGAACUGGCUUCCUCGCAGUCACACAUGUUUUAACCGUCUAGAUCUGCCGCCGUACAGGAGUUACGAACAGCUGAAGGAAAAGCUCAUGUUUGCCAUUGAAGAGACGGAAGGUUUUGGGCAGGAGUGAAACAGACGCACCAACACACACACAGCGGAUAUACAGUCCAACAGGAGAUCAUGAACACUAAUUUUCAUGCAAUACAGCCUCAUGUGGAUGAGAGUACAGACCAUGCCUCUAUGAUCCAGCACACAGGUGCAUUAUGGGAAAAUGGGGUUUCUGCACUUACCUGUCACUUGGUAUUAAUUUCUGUAUUACCCCUGGAAGAGAUGAGCAGGAUUUAUGGAUGACGUUGGAGUAAGUGUGUAAGAUAUGUGACUUUGAUGAUUCUACAUAUGAUUAAUCCAGCGAGACUUUUCUUCUGAUGAAUUGUCGAGAAAGCUCUGUGAAUGUGUUUUUAUGUUCACAACCUUGUGCCUUUUUCUCCACUGUCAUUCAAACAAAAUAUAUUACAGUGUAGCAUGAUUUUUUGUUACUAACUUAACUGAGAUGCCUCAAUUUGUUGCAGUUGUCUUGAUUAUAUCAGAACUGACCAAAUUAUUCACUUUCAAACUUUGAGGGGAAAUCAAAAAAAAAAAAAAAAAAAAAAAAAUACUGUUUAGAUUAUGUAUAGAUCAUAUUAUGUUCCAAAAUCACAAAAAAAAAUGUAAUAAAAAAUAUAUAUAUAUAUAUUUUUUUUUGCAUUGUGAUAUUAUUUUCAUGACACAUUUCCCCUCUAAAGUUUCUAUAUUUCUAUAAAAUUCUUAAUGCAAAAGUUUUAAAUAAUUUUUACAAUAAAAUAAGUGAAACCUAUUUUUAGGUCCAUUAAAAUGUUUUGCAUUGGUACAUUAUUUUCAUAACAAUUUAGCGCUUUUGCCCCCCAAAAUGCCUAUUACUGUCAUGCAAAUGUUUUUUUUUUUAAAGAGCAAAUAUUAUGGUUUUUAAACGUGUCUAAUUUUGUUUUAAAGGUCUCAUACAAUAGAUUUACAUGCAUCCAUGGUCAAAAAACACUUUAAAUUGCAACAUUACCUUUAUUUCCCAGUGUCAAAAACGACUCGUUCAAUGAUCCGUUCUAAAGAUUCAUUCUAAACUCCUCCUUUCAGAGAGCCUACUCUGCUCUGAUUGGUCAGAUGUCCCAGUCUGUUGUGAUUGGUCUACCGCUUAGUGUAGUGUUUGAGGGCGGGUCAAAGCUGUUCGCGAGCAGCCAAUGAAGACCAGAGGCGGGUUUUUUGUUACCAAAUUACGUAGGUUAGUACAGGAAGUAAGUCUGGGAUUACUACCGACUCGUUUCAGGUGUUCAGAAUCGGUUCUUUCUUUUGGGUGUCAAUAACGCCAUAUUUCGUGCACUUUGAUUUUUGAAAUUUGCAGACUUUUUUACAUUCACAAACAGCUAUAUAACACACUACAUAAAGGGUAAUAUUUGAAAAACCAUAAUAGGUGCUCUUUAAAUCUUACUUAUUACCGUAAUGCAAAAGAUUUGAAAUCAUUUUUACUGCAUUGUUACAUUAUAUUCAUAACAAUUAAGCGCUUUACCCCAAAAAAAAGUCCAUUACAUUUAUUAAAAAAAAAAAAAAAAAAAAAAACUUUACCGAAAACGUGAAAUUAUUUUUGCAAUAAAUUCAGUGAAA